AGUCCUGGGAACUUUAUUUCGGCAUAGAUUUGAAAAGAUAUCAUCACUUCUGAAUCAUCUGAAAAACUACAAGUCUGUACUGGGACUGAAAAUGAACUAAACAUGGUCGAUUCAAGCAAUACUUCAGAAAGUAACUGUGAUACCAAUCAAAUCAUUACACAACAAAUUAUUCCAUUGAUCUACGGUUUCAUCUUUAUAGGUGGAAUACUGUUAAAUGCAUCGGCAGCUUGGAUCUUUCUUCACAUUCCUAGCACGACAAGUUUUAUUGUUUAUCUCAAGAACAUUGUCACAGCUGACCUUAUUAUGAGCUUAACUUACCCUUUUAAAAUUUUUUCUGACUCCAGAAUUGGACAUUGGCAGCUCAACGUUGUUGUCUGCCGCUUUUCUGCUGUCAUCUUUUACCUAAAUAUGUAUAUUAAUAUAAUAUUAUUUGGACUCAUAGGCUUUGACAGAUGCUUUAAAGUAAUGAAGCCCCAAUUCAGCUCUUCGUCUUACAAUGUCCAGUGUAGCAAAAUUGUAUGUCUGGUCAUAUGGUUGCUACAGAUUGUUAUCUCUUUUCCCAAUAUUAUUUUAACAAACCAAACUCCUACAGAAAAGAAAUCAAAGGACUGUGUAAGCCUCAAAAGCCCUCUUGGGGUCCAGUGGCACACAGCUUCAUCCUACACAUGCUUAGGAAUUUUCUGGAUCGUGUUUUUUCUCCUAAUAGUCUUCUACAGUUCCAUUGCCAAGAAAAUAUAUAUUUCACACCGAAAAUUUAAGAAAAACUCCAAGCUGGCAAAGAAAAAGACCAACCGAAACAUUUUCACCAUCAUGUUUGUGUUUAUCAUUUGUUUUGUUCCGUACCACCUGGUCAGAGCCCCAUAUACAUCAAAACAAAUUGACCCUAAUUACAAUUGUGAGAUUAAAAAUAUACUGUUUUACCUAAAAGAACUUACAUUGAUACUGUCUGCUGCAAAUGUUUGUCUUGAUCCAGUUAUUUACGUAUUUCUUUGUCAACCGUUUAAGGAAAAAUUGUACCAAAAAUUGCAUCUGAAAAUUAAAACAUCUGAAGAGUUCGAAAAUUCUAAAUCAAGAAAGUCAAAUGCUAUUAUUGAAACAGUUACUAUUUUAUAAAUUCCAAUAGCAAGCAUCUUCAACAUUAUGGACAUGUGGGCAUGUUGUUGAAUUAAGGAAACAGUUUGUGACUGAUAAAAUAAAGAAUAUUUGCCCUA